AUGUCCGCCGGCGGCGGCGUUGCCUGCCAGCGCGCAGUGGACAUGUCGUCCGACGCGGUGGCCGCCAGGAAGGGCCGGCUGAAGCAGCGCUACGACAACGAGUUCCGCCUCGUCGCAGGGUGCGUGCCGUACCGGGUGAACAAGAAGGACGACGAGGUAGGCAACCCGUGCAGCAGCCUCGGCGUCGGCGAUGACACGGCGGAGGUGGAGGUGCUCAUGAUCUCCACGCCUAACCGGACCGACAUGGUCUUCCCCAAGGGCGGGUGGGAGGACGACGAGGACGUGUACCAGGCGGCGUCCCGCGAGGCCAUGGAGGAGGCCGGCGUCAAGGGCAUCAUCAACAGGGCUGCCUUGGGCCACUGGGUGUUCAAGAGCAAGAGCAGCCAGAACAGCACCAGCCCCAGGGGAGCCUGCAAGGGCUACAUCUUCGCCAUGGAGGUCACCGAGGAGCUGGAGACGUGGCCGGAGCAGGACACACACAACCGCCGAUGGGUCUCUCCCGCCGAAGCCUACCAGCUCUGCCGGUACGACUGGAUGCGGGAGGCGCUCACCGCGCUGCUGGACAGGCUGUCGGUGCUCGAGCCGGUGGCUGCGGUGGCGGCGGCGGCCACACCGGAGCUGAGCGACCAAGCUGGCAUGUACAUGAUGCUCCAGACGUCCUCGGACGGCGCGGUGGCGCUUUGCUAG